ACAAAUAAAAAAACGUUCUUUACCAUCUUAAAUCUAAAAGCCCCUUCCACUUUUGGCUUUUUUAUAUUUGGCCCCUAUUGUACUUGUUCCCUUUCUGUGACUUUGGUUACGAACUCGGAAUCUCUGCACCCUGCACAUUGCUCACCUCUUCCGUCAACCUCCCUCUUUCCUCCGCCGUUCUCCGUCCAUUCUGUACGCGUUUUCUGAUCUCAUCGGUGACGGUUGUUGUGUGUUGACUGGAUGAAAUUGACAAAUUUGCUUCUAGUGGUUCAACAAUCUUGAAUUUGAUACAUGAAAAUGCCACCAUUAUCUGAACUCCUUAUCGCUGGAGCUUUGUAGCAGUGAUUCAGGUGAUAAUGUUAAUACAAAGUUCUCUUAGUUCAGUUGAAGCUGGUCUAUGUAAUGUAUAUAAUGAUGGGAAAGAUUUUCAAUGUGACGGGAUACCUAGUGGUGAAACUUGGCAGGUUUGUCUGAAAUGCAACAAGUACCCUAUUGACUGGUGUAAAAAAGCUAAACCAAUGGAAGAGGAUAGAAGGAAUGCUGAUGAUCCUUACAACUCAAACUGUGCAAGAAGCUCUGGUCAACCAUCAACUGCAAGUAUAAUGACUGAAACUACCGCACCUAAUUUUGUAUACAGGAGAAAAAAGCUACGGAAGGGAUCAACUGCUCCUCUUUUCAAGCUUGGGCCAACUGAUGUGCAGACAAUUGCCAAUAUCCCUUCAGUCAUAAGUUCCUCUUUGCAUUUAUCAUCAGCUGAGGAUCAAACAACUGAUUUUGUAGUUGAGCAUCAAAUUGAAAUGGUUAAAGAACCUACUGUGCCUUCUGUCUUACUUGAAGAAGCAGCCAAAGAUAUCAUACAGAAAAAAUUAGGUAUUGGCAGUGUAAAUGAUAGUUGUUCCUCUUCAAAGUCAAAUAUGGCACUUGUUUCAGAUUCCUUAGAUACUGAGAUGGAUAACACUGGCGAAUGCUCUUCCUCCGGUGUAAUAGGAAUGGAUGCUGCAAGUGAAGAUUUAACAGAAAAGGAGUUCUGUGUUAAUAUUUUAAGAAGCCACGGACUUCUUAAAGGAGAUACUCUUACAUGCAAUGUGGUUUCUGUUGAAGGUGCUGUUACCAUUGGUAAUAACUACUGUUCCAGGUCAUGCAAAAUAUGUGGUCAUUUGGACAGUUCAGGGAAAAUGCUUUUAUGUGAUCAUUGUGAAGAUUCAUAUCAUCCAUAUUGCUACAAUUCACGUUUCAAAAAAUUACCAAUUGAUGAGUGGUUUUGUCAUUCGUGUCUUAGUAAAAGGCAGAAAAUUCUUAAGGAGACAAUUAACAAAUCACCAGGCAUCAAUAGUGAAAUGAGGAAAUAUAGAACUGCCAAGGGUGAAAUGAAUCCCAUACUGUUGAUGUUGAGAGACACUGAGCCAUAUGCAAGUGGCGUGCGAGUUGGUAAAGGUUUUCAAGCUGCAGUACCUGACUGGUCAAACCCUGUAAAAAGUGAUGAAGACGACUUUCCAGAACCAUUGGAAAUUAAUCCUUCCGAGUCUUAUGGAACGCAGGAAGAAAAUAUGAGAAAUCCAAUUAAAGUCACCAUUGGCAAUUGGCUUCAAUGCCAGGAGGUUAUAGAUAAAACUAGCGAAACAAUAUGUGGCAAAUGGCGCAGGGCUCCACUAUUUGAAGUUCAAACCAAUGGCUGGGAGUGCUUCUGUGCUAUUCAUUGGGAUCCAUCUCAUGCUGAUUGUUCUGUACCUCAGGAGGUGGAGACAGAUGAAAUUCAAAAGCAACUGAAGUAUAUAGAAAUGCUGAGACCGCGACUUGCUGCUAGACAGAGAAAAUCAGAUUGCACAAAUAAAGGUGAUUGAAGAUUCCAUAGUGAGCCAAAUGCAGAAGGUGUGUUUCUUUUUGGGGGGUGACAGACAUUUAAUGUUAGGAAUGUGCAGUGGAGGUUUCUAUGCAUCACUGUAUGGAUACUCCCCUGCCACCAACCUCUCCCUUUGUCCUCAACUCUGUCAUCUUCUCACAAAACUAUGCAUCAAUCGCGUUGGACUUCCUUACCGUUCAACUGAGUGUUUUGUUAUUAGUUCAAGUAAAGUAAUCUAUAGAAGCAACUUCAUUCUUCAUGUGUUUUGUUGGCACUGUGGUUUUGGUCUCACUGGCUUAAGAGGGAUGAGAAAGACGCAGAGUGGACUGAGAAUAUUAUGUGCUGUGUAUUAAUGUAACAGGUUUUGACUUCUACUUUUUGUUUGUUUGAAGAACUGGUGUAUUUUAAAAGAUUUUUUUUUAUACAACAAAAAAUUCCUGAUACUAAAAAGAAGCAACAGUGUGUGUUAAGUCCUUUAGAAUUGUGUUGCAACGACUUUGACAAGCAGCAUUGCGUUGCUUCUUUUGUUUUGUUUUGUCUCUUGUUGUGUAUUUUCAAAUAUGUUGUGUCUUUUUAGUGGCAUCAGAUGAAAUACCAAAAAACUCUCUCUUUGAGUACACAACAUAACCAUUUCUUUGCAAUAAUCUAUGUACUGUUUAGUUCUACUAAAUUUCCUGCAAACCUGCUUUAUGACAGUUCUAUAUUCAUAAUCGGAUUUGAAUAGGAGACUACGCCUUAUUAGUAUAUUAAACAGCUCAGCCGAUAACAGUUAACCAAGCUUUCCAUUGCUUACUAGUAUUAUAUUGCUUGAAAUAAAGUAAUUAAAACAUUAGAAAUACUAACUAGUGCCCUUGGGGCAUUUUUUAAAACCUUAAAGAAGUAAGUUUUUUUUGGCCAAUUUUUUAUAAAAUAUUUUUUUAUUUAGAAACCUUAAAGAGUGUCUCAUGGUACUGGUUAACAAGACCCUUAAAACAUUGAUUUAACCCUUAUAUCCUCUACCGACACUAACUACUUACCAUUUACAUUUACAGCAUAAUACCCAAUAGAAAUACCCCAUUUUCUUUCUGAAAACUUUUCAUUAUCUAGAAAGUUAUAUUCAUUUUAUAUUGCUAUUAAAAUGUUUCAUAGUUUCUUAAAAUGCUAUAUAUUUUUUAAAAUUGUACUUUGGAUCUUCUUCACUACUUCCUUAUUUUAUUUAUGUUUUCUUAUGUUUAUUAUUUGAAAUGAAUGAUAACAAGAAAUAAUUUCUUUUUCCAUCCCUAGGUCACACCUUUGAAAAC